AAUUUAUUUAAAUUAAAUGUUUGAGAAGGAAAUAGUGAUUGAUGGAAAGGGUCAUUUGUUGGGUAGAUUAGCAUCUUAUAUUGCAAAACAAUUAUAAAGAGGAUAAAGAAUAGUUGUAGUCAGAACAGAAUUGAUUCAACAAUCAGGUUCUCUAUUUAGAAACAGAGUUAUUUUCGAGGAAUAUUUGAACAAAAGAAUGGCCUUCAAUCCUAGAAGAGGAUAUAAACAUUACAGAACACCAUCAAGAUGCUUCUGGAAAGUUGUAAGAGGAAUGCUUCAAUACAAAUCAAAAAGAGGAGCAGCUGCUUUAGAAAGAUUAAAAGUCUUUGAAGGAGUUCCACCUCCUUAUGACACAAGAAAGAGAUAAGUAGUUCCAGAUGCUCUUAAAUUAAUUAGACUCAAGAAUCAUAGACCUUUUUGCUCCUUAGGAGAUUUGUGCGCUUCAGUUGGAUGGAAUCAAUAAUCAAUUGUAAAUAGAUUAGAAGAAAAAAGAAAGAUAAGAGGUGCAACAUAUUAUAAGAGAAAAAUUACCAGAGAAAAUCUAAGAAGAAAGGCAAUUGGCGCUAAAGAACUUACUGCCAUAAACGCAGAAUUAGAGAAAUUGGGUUAUUGAGAAAAUAUAAUAAGAUAAUGUACAAUUAGAAAAUUAAGUAA